AUGCAAAACCAUGGAUUUCACCCGAAGUUAUCUGAUUUUGGGCUUGCCAAACUUGGUCCUGUUGGAGAUAAAUCACAUGUUUCUACCAGGGUUAUGGGCACAUAUGGUUAUUGUGCUCCUGAGUAUGCCAUGACUGGUCAAUUGACUGUGAAAUCUGAUGUUUAUAGUUUCGGGGUUGUCUUCUUAGAGCUAAUUACUGGACGGAAAGCAUUUGACAGCACCCAACCCCACGGGGAACAGAACCUUGUCACAUGGGCACGUCCAUUAUUCAAUGACCGCCGCAAAUUUUCAAAAUUGGCUGAUCCACGAUUGCAGGGACGAUAUCCAAUGCGAGGUCUCUACCAAGCCCUAGAUGUGGCAUCCUUGUGCAUUCAAGAGCAGGCUGCCGCACGUCCUCUGAUUGGGGAUGUGGUCACUGCUCUCUCGUAUUUGGCAAAUCAGGCAUAUGAUCCUAAUGCAGCAGGGCAUGGCUACAGAGGCUCAGGAGAUAAGGAUGAUAAAAGAUGUAGAGAUGACAGAGGAGGAAGGGCAUCAAGGAAUGAUGGAGCAUCUGGCUGUAGGUGGGAUUUGGAAGGAUCUGAGAAGGAUGACUCCCCUAGAGAAACUGCCAGGAUUUUGAAUAGGGAUUUAGAGUAA